AUGAUAUUCGUCUGGGUUUUACUUUUAUUUUCUGGUAUAUAUCCAAAUAUUCAGUCUCUGUCAUGUAUUAACUUGGGAUAUAUAGCAGAGGUACCUAUUAAUACAUUUGAUCGAAAUGCCUUCAAGGUGCUGCUUGAUGGUUAUGAAAUGGAUGGAGAUCAUUUUGAAUGUCUUGUGAAGAUGGAAGUUUAUCACCAUCUGGAACUACUAAAACUACAGUUUAGUAAAUUGCUUCAACAGGAACCAAUCGCACCUAGUACUGUUAGGCUUCUUACAAUAACAAGGUAUAUCGAUAAAGAUGACACAAUGACUGGACAUGUUUUAACAUCUGCAUGUUCAAAUUCUGACAGUUGUGAUAAACAAUUUAUACUAGAUCAUGUUGAUUGGCUCGUUCAAAUAAAGUUUGAUAAGUUCUUCAGCAUUAGUUUUCAGCUACUUAUACCUGACGAUGAUGAACUACACGAAUGUCAUCUUGUCCAGUGUGGUAAUGGCUUUUGCAGUGCUCAGUGGACACACCUUGAAACCGAUAUUAAACAAAGCUGUAGUAAUAUGCCACGAGCUCAGUUUCAGGCUAGAAAUGAUUUCAAUUUCAAAACUCGCGAGGAAACUGCAUUAUAUGGUCUGUUUUGUGGCUAUCCAGAGUGCAACAGCUUAGAUAUUGUAACAAAGUUUCAGGUCAAUGUUAAAGAAAACUACAAUAUUUUACCACUACGCAAUGCACUCGGUUUUCGCAACGAAUCUGAUGAAUCUAUGACAACUGCAAGCUCGGCACUCAAUAUCACAUUUUCUCAAUAUUUGAUUGAAACUAUGCCAAACGUGUCCUCACCUUCUUCAACAGAUACAAUCGCAAUACAUUCAUCUAUGAUAAAUAAUGCGUCCGCAAUGCAUACGUCAGCUUCUACCCUUGUUACAGCAAAAGUGAACAGUUGUACCAUAUGGCAGUUUUGGGAAAAAAAUAUUAUAGUGAGUUUGGCUGUACUUAUAAUCCUUUUAGUUAUCUAUUAA